AUGGAAGUUUUAACUUCAAAUGAAGUUUUAAAUAAUAUUCAAGUUUUCGAUUCAACUGUUGAGGUAGUAGGCUUUGUAGACGGUAUUGAAGCCUCACGUUAUGUUGGCGACAAGAAACAAUAUAAAGUUUUUAAAUUUUAUAUUAAUAAUGGCGAAGGGAGGCGAGUACAAGUUGUCGUGUGGAAUGACGAUAUUACACCCGUAGAACCACAUGUAAAAUUAAACCACAUUAUUCAUUUAGACGGAGUGCAGGCUCGUACUCCUAUUUCAUAUAAUAACGGCAAUGUGCCCUACGAGCUACAGAUCCAGAGUAAUACAACAAUCUCCAAUUUGGGGAAAUAUAAUAUGGAACGAACCAAUUUAAUCGAACCGGAGCUGUGGAGUUUUGUGAUGUAAUGAAUACAUCAUCAAGAGU